GUCAGAUCUGUUGUCAUUUCCUCUUGCUUCACAGUCUGCUGACAGCGUCGGGUUUGAUAAAAAAAAAAUAACAUCAAAGUGUGAAAAUCCCGGUGAUUUUUCUGACAGAAUCAUCAGUGUAUGUUUGUGUGGAUCAUGCUGGAGGAUUCAAACACACACCAUCCCACCAUCAGCGAAUGACAAACGCGCUCAGAUCAUCUGAAGCGGUUAUAAAUGUUGUGAGAAUGCUGUCACUCCAUGCCUGCAGCUUUUCCUUUCUUCAUUGUCAUGUUUGUGAACCGAUAGCUGGUGUUGUUUUGUGUUCAGUGCUGGCGUGAGUGCGGCCCCGGGCUUCCUGUUGAGAUCUUCUUCAUCACUUUAAGCAGUCGUCUGAGGAUGUGUCUGCUUUGUUUAUCAUUCACUGCUCUCCAUGCCUGUUUCAGGUAGGAAGUGCGUAGGGGGACGUCACUGAGGAGUGAUGCCUGUUGAAAGUGGAAACAGCGCAGCCGCCCGUCAAGUCAAACAGAAGCGCAAGUCGCACAGUCUCUCCAUUAGGAGGACCAACAGCACCGAGCAGGACAGACCAGGCAUGCAGAGAGACAUGCUGGAGGGACAGGACUCCAAGUUGCCGAUGGCCUUAAGGAGUAACUUACUAGACCUGUUUGGACAGAUUGAGCGGGAGUUUGAAAAUCUCUACAUUGAAAACUUGGAAUUGCGAAGAGAGAUAGAAUCACUAAACGAACGUUUGGCUGGAGAAGGACAGACAGUCGAUGGUGGUGAUCUGAGCAAAGGAGCCUUAAAAACAAAAGCUAGUCACAGUACAAGUCAACUGUCCCAAAAGCUGAAGACGACUUACAAGGCCUCCACGAGCAAGAUUGUGUCCAGUUUUAAAGCCACCACAUCUCGUGCAGUUUGUCAGCUGGUCAAGGAGUAUGUGGGACACCGGGAUGGGAUAUGGGACCUGGCCGUGACUCGGAUUCAACCGCUGGUUCUAGGCACAGCUUCAGCAGAUCACUGUUCCAUGCUGUGGAGUAUUGAGACGGGGAAGUGCCUGUUAAAAUAUGCCGGCCAUGCUGGAUCAGUCAACUCCAUUAAGUUCCACCCCACAGAGCAGAUGGCACUUACAGCGUCCGGGGACCAGACGGCACACAUCUGGCGUUACAUGGUACAGCUGCCACUUCCCCAGCCCCCGGCAGACAUCAGCGCCUCGCUGGACGAUGACGUGGACUUCUCUGAUAAAGACGAGGCCGACGGGGAGGCAGAUGGGCCUAAUGAAUGCCCCACUAUCCGUGUCGCCACUACGACCUUGAAGAGCCACCAGGGGGUAGUGAUUGCAGCUGAUUGGCUGGUGGGAGGAAAGCAGGUGGUCACUGCAUCCUGGGACAGAGCCGCCAACCUCUAUGAUGUAGAAACCUCUGAGCUGGUGCACACCCUCACAGGUCAUGAUCAAGAGUUGACCCACUGCUGUACUCAUCCCACCCAACGUCUGGUGGUGACUUCAUCCAGGGACACCACCUUCCGCCUGUGGGACUUCAGAGAUCCCUCCAUCCACUCAGUGAAUGUCUUCCAGGGCCACACAGACACUGUGACAUCAGCCGUGUUCACUGUGGGGGACAACGUGGUGUCUGGAAGUGACGAUCGCACCGUCAAGGUGUGGGACCUGAAGAACAUGAGAUCUCCGAUUGCUACCAUUCGCACAGACUCAGCCGUUAAUAGGAUAAGUGUCUCAGCGAACCAAAGAAUCAUUGCUCUGCCACAUGACAACAGACAGGUCAGGCUGUUUGACAUGAAUGGGGUCCGUCUGGCCCGUCUCCCACGGAGCAACAGACAGGGCCAUCGGCGCAUGGUGUGCUGCUCUGCCUGGAACGAGGAGAACCAAGCCUGUAAUCUGUUCACCUGUGGCUUCGACCGCCAGGCCAUCGGCUGGAACAUCAACAUCCCUGCCCUGCUGCAGGAGAAGUGACACGUUCACACCCCCAACCCAUAUGUGAAGAGUUUUACACAAGCUUAACACGGCCAAUCCACGCAAUCACGACUGAAUCCUCAAACACGUUCUUCAGUGCCACACCUUCAGUAGAUUUCACUAAAGAACACGUUCACUUUGUGUGUGUGAUACGAUUCAGUGCUUCAUCCCAGUUGGCGUCUACGGUCACUGUCCUGUGGUCAUCAUGCCUUGAACGUGUGAGGAAGACUCGAGUGUAUUUCAUGGAUAUUCUGCAUAUCUACCCCUGCGCUGGUCAUAUAGUUUGGUGAAGUCUUGUUACCCCGUUUUUAACGUUUGCAUGAUUCAAACUGCGACUCGUGAAUCCUGCGAGAACAGGACAUUGCCGAAACGUUCCUUCAUGGCUUGGCGCUGUUACAUUCAAGUAAUUGUUCACUUUAGUGGUAUUUUUGUUGUGCAAUGUUCAGCUUGUUUCUUUGUACAGAUGACUUUUUAUUUUUUUCGACAGCAUUUUAGAUUUUUUGUUUUGUAUAGAUUUCUGCUUUGCUUUUUAUAGAGAUGAAAUGUGCGAAAGAAACAUAAGAGCACUCUGCCUUUGUGAACGGAAAUCGGUGAACGCAUUUAUGGAUCUGCACCUUCUUGAUGUUCUGAUUGGAACCGGCGUUCAAGCGGCCAAUCAGCUUCUGUCAGUAUUGACGCAGUCCAUUUGCAUGACAAACCCACCUCUCUGUCAAAUAUGUGAAGCAAAAUGCUGUACAAUUGCUGUGUAAUCUCGUUCACCCUAUUGAAAACAUAAAGAAGCUGAGGUGUAAGACUUUGUAAGUAUUGUGACUGUUUAUGAAGCCCUACGAUUGAUGUUCACUUCCAUUUAAAGGGCUUUCAAGUCGUGUAGAAGUAAAUAUUUGAAUCAAUUCAUCUGAACUCAGAACAAGUUCACAUUGCUGUAGUUUUUACUUGGAAGAGAUGUAUUUGCAGCAGAGUUUUCGAUAUUGUAAUGUUUGUCGAUAAUUAUCUGACCAAAUGCCUUGCUCAGUGUGAUCUACUGAUGCUUGACAGGCUUUCUGAUGUACUUUGGACUCCUUGUGAUGUGUGAACCACUGUGCUUCGACGUAUCUACAGAAACCUCGCUCGAAAGACUUUCGGCGUUCAUAAAAAAUCCUUAAAUGGAAGCUCUUCCAUCGGUGUGUUGCAAUCGGCAUUGUUACUGCAUUACUGGACUUUCAUCACAACUACAUUGGACUUUACUUAGAAACACUGGUGGGAAGUGUCAGUUGUUCAUUCUUUUUCACGUAGACAGUCUUAAAUCUGUUAGGUCUAACAAAAAGAUGUUUAUUAUGCGAUGUAUAUUUGUGUGAUGUCCAUGUUUAAUGGGCUGUAUUUGACUUUAGACUUAAAAUGUACACAAAAACGCAUAGAAAACGCUCAUCUUUUAUCCAGCUGUCAAACAACACAAGCUGUCAUCAUCAUGUACGCAUAUGACCCAUCAGAACGUCCUUAAAAUGACACUGAUCUUCAACAUUUUAGUUGUCUCUAACUUGGUAUAAUGUUCUGUGGGGUAUUCUGUAUUGAGCCAUUAUUUUUUAUUUGAGAAUAACUUAAUUUGCUGUAUUUGAAAAACAUAUUGCAUCAUAUAAUGACAAUGUAGAGAUAUAGAAUCAGUUAAAUCACUCACUGCUGGGCUUCAGAAUAAAGUGAAAAUGUCUUUCAA